AAUCGUGGGGGAGGGGGAAAUCGUGGGGAGGGGAGUGAGGAAGAGUUUGUGUAAAAUGGCACCGCACAGAGAUAUUGGUUGGGAUCAUGCUACUCCUAUCAGCAAUGAUAGAAAACAAGCAAAAUGCAAUUAUUGUGGUAAAAUUGUUCACGGCGGAAUUACUAGGAUGAAACAACAUAUAGCACAUGUUACAGGUCAAGUUGAAGCAUGCACGAGAGCUCCAAAAGAAAUAAGAGAGUUAUUAAAAAAACACUUGAUCCAAGGAAAAAGUAUGCGAGCAGCACAUAAAAAAAAGUUAGAAGCAUUGCAAAAUUCCAUUCGUUUGGAAGAUGAUUCUGAUGAGGAAGAAGAUGAAGUUUUUGAAAUAAAUGAAGAUGAGAUAGAUGCUCUUGAAAGAAAACACUUAAAAAGAGCAAUGGCUGAAAGCAGAAAUAUGGAAUUUAUGGAGCAGCAGCGUAGACAUUCUGUUUCCGGAGAUCUACCAAGCUUGAAUUUUAAAGCCGGAGGAAGCAGCUCGAAUACAAAAGGAAGUAAAAGAAAUUUUUUCGAAAGCUCUAUGAAAAAGACAGAAGGUUUGCAUCAAAAAAAACUUGAUCCAUACAUGUUUCAAUCGAAGAAUAAGUCUUUGAAAAAUAUGUUUUCAAAAGAUAAUGCAAAAAAAGUGGGUAGAGCAAUUUCGAAAUUUUUUCAUUUUAAUGCAAUACCAUUUCACGCUGCCGAUAGUGGUCCUUACUACCAAACGAUGAUUGACACGAUUGCAUCGGUUGGACCUGGAGUUAAAGGACCUACUGGUAAACAAAUUGGUGGUGAAUAUUUAAACGAGGAGAUGCAAGAAGUUGUACAGUAUGUUGAUUCUUUAAAGCAGAAAUGGAAAACAUACGGAUGUACAAUUAUGUGUGAUGGUUGGAGUACUCGUACAAAACAUCCAAUCAUAAAUUUUAUGGUGUACUGUGAUAGAGAUAUGAUAUAUCACAGUUCGGUUGAUUGUACAAAUAAGGCGAAGACUGCGGACUUUGUCUACACCCUAAUGGAUAAGGUGGUGGAAUCAGUAGGGGUUGACAAUAUUGUACAAAUUGUAACUGAUAGUGAAGCUAGUAUGAAGGCGGCUGGGAAAAAACUGAUGAGGAAAAGGAAGCACAUUUUUUGGUCUCCAUGCGCAGCGCAUUGCAUUGAUUUGAUGUUAGAAGACAUCGGAGAUAUAUUGUCAGUGAAAGAUACGAUAAAAGAAGCCAGAAGAAUUACAGGAUUUAUAUACAACAGUGAUAAAGUGGUUAAUUUGAUGAAAACAUAUACGAAUGGCCGAGAUCUGUUGCGACCAGGCAUAACAAGAUUUGCAACCGAGUUUGUUGCAAUGGAAAGUCUUCUGAGAUAUGCAACCGAUUUGAAAAGAAUGUGUACUUCUAGAGAAUGGGUUGAGUACAAUAAUACCUCGAGGAGAAGACAUGAAGCCGGAGAUAUAUCAGACUUGAUUUUGAAUGAAAGAUUUUGGAAACGGAUACGCCGAGUCUGUGGGGUCAUGGAACCCUUAGUGAAGGUUUUAAAAGUAGUUGAUCAAGAUAAAAAACCUACACUACCUAUCAUUUAUGAGGCAAUGGAUAGGGCAAAAAUGGCAAUAAAAACCGCGGUGAAAGAUUUUCAACAAUAUUGGGAUAUCAUCGAUGAAAGAUGGUAUAAUCAAUUGCAUCAAGAUUUGCAUGCAGCAGCUUAUUUUUUAAAUCCUGGUCUUCAAUACUCCGGCACUUGUGAAUUUGAUUCAUCGGAGGUUCGAAAAGGAGUAAAAGAAGUUAUCAAAAGACUCGAGCCAGAUUUGGAUAUACAAGUAAAGGCUAUGAAUGGGAUAAACAUAUUUGUUAACAAAAUUGGAGAGUUUGGAAGUGCACUUGCUAUUAGAGCUGUAUCUACAUCUUUACCAGCUGACUGGUGGAAUAUGUACGGUGAUGAAGCUCCUAAUUUAAGAAAAAUUGCAUUAAAAGUUUUGAGUCAAACUUGCACAUCAUCGGGUUGUGAGCGGAAUUGGAGUACGUGGGCUUUGAUCCAUACUAAACUUCGGAAUAGAUUAGCUAUUGAGAAACUGCAUAAGCUAGUCUAUGUCCACUACAACAUGCGUCUUCGGGUAAAAAAUUUUAUGCAAAGGACAGACACAGACGAUUUUUAUGACCCAAUUGAUUUGAAUCAUAUUUUUGAUGAAAAUGAUAUUUUAGAUGAAUGGGUUAGAGAAAAUGAAUCUCCACUUAUUCGUGAUAGUGAUUUGAAUUGGUUGGAUGAGGCUAUUGAAGAAAGUGGAGAUCGAGGUCAAAGUGAGCAUAAUGAUCAUGACAGUGAUAUGCUUUUAUCUCAAUUUAUAGCUGAUGGAAAAAAGAAGGCGAAAGAGAAAAAAUCAGAAAACAAAAAUACGGCCAAGAAAAAAAAAGCAAUCAUAUUGGAAUCUUCAUCUUCAUCGACUAAUGGUGAAGAUAAGAAUAAUAACAAUGAUGAUGAUGAUGAUGAUGAUGAUGAUGAUGAUGAUGAUGAUGAUGAUGGUGGUGGUGGUGGUGGUGGUGGUGGUGGUGGUGGUGGUGGUGGUGGUGGUAGUGGGAGCUACAGGGAUAGCCGAUACUCAAGUGAUAUGGGAUGGGCUCAAGGAAAUGAAAAUUAUUAUGCUACCCAAAACACUGAUCAUGGAUAUCGUCCUGGUAUAGAAGCUCAAAGAGAUUUUCUAAAUAGUUUAACAGAAUUUUCAAGUGAAGCCGAUGCUUCAAAUUUUUCAGAUACUAGGAGAUAUUCUGGAGUUCACGAACAUAUGCAAGACUUGAAUAUAGGUUAUUCCUAUGGAGAUUCUUCUCAUAGCUCGAGUAAUAGAUUGGGGAGACAGGAGUGAGACCAACCAAAUGCAUAUCAUAAUCCCUAUUACUCAGGAUACGGUUUAUCUAAUCUACCCAGACAUCUUCAGGAUUCAGCCAAUCUUCCUAUAUUUGGAUCCAACCAACCAGUUGGAACAUAUUACGGAGGGAUUACAUCUGGUUCGGGUAGUAUUGAUGAUCGUAGACAAAAUUAUGGUUCAUCAAGCAGAAGCAAUGAUAAUAGAGAAUAUCGAGGUUUUGAUGUAUAUGGAAGGGGUUCAUUCAGAGAAAAUCAAUAUGGUUCGAACAUCUCUCCUUAUCCAAGCAAUAUGAAUCCAGAUGAAAAUGAUUUUGAACCUCCACGACAUUCCACAUGGUAUUGAAUGAUGAUAAAGAUGAAAUCUUGACAUUGACGGACACAAGGCUGAUAUUUGACCGAUACACCGCGACCGAUACGCCGCGACGUAUCUGGAACGGUAAAGGCCGAUCCGCGACGGCGAACCAUGGUGGAGACCGAGCUGAUCCCGAAAGAUAUCGAAGUUUAAUCGGUAGCUUGAGGCAUCUUACCAAUACGAGACCUGACCUUAUGCUAAGUGUUGGAAUAACAAGCAGAUUUAUGGAGGAUCCAAGUUAUACACAUUGGAAGGCCCUGAAGAGAAUUCUGAGGUAUGUUCGAGGCACCUUAUCACUAGGUCUUUUCUAUGCAAAAUCAGAUGAUUACAGACUAGUGGGUUACUCGGAUAGCGAUUGGUGUGGCGAUGCUGAUGACCGAAAAAGUAGUUCGGGUUAUGUAUUCUUACUCGGGAGUGCAGCCUUUACAUGGCUGUAAAAAAAACAGCCUAUUGUAAGUCUGUCGAUCUGUGAGGCUGAGUAUGUGGUGGCUUCCUGGACUGUGUGUCAUGCAGUCUGGCUUUCAAAUCUUCUAAGGUAUCUGGGAGUGCUCCAUAGUGAAGGGACUGUGAUCCGAGUUGAUAAUAGGUCGGCGAUUGAGUUGGCCAAGAACCUGAUCAAUCACGGAAGGAGCAAGCACAUCGACGUCCGAUUUCACUUCAUCCGAGAAAAAAUAACAAAGCAAUUAAAUCAAUUGAGGACUAGCUAUCAAGGGAAUGCCUGGCAUAGGGGUGAUGCAGUCAUGACACUUUAUUUUAUCAUUGAUUCAAUAAAAUUAGUUUUUAUUAAAGUAUCAAUAAGUUGGUUAUAGUUAUCAACAAACUCUGACAACCGAUUUUUCCUUAUAGUAUAGGUAAUUAAG